AAACACCCUCAGAAGGACACUGCCGUAGCUCUCUUCACUAGUGCGCUGUCUGGUCUGCUGUAACUGCUUUGCUUUAUUAGGAUGAAGAAUGAUUUGGAAAUGCAGUUUUCAUCAGUUCUUCUGCUAGCACAUUUCUGCUUUGCACAGGCUGACUACGCACCCUAUUUCUAUGAUAAUGGGCCUAACAGUAACAACGGUAAUAUGGCACUCUUAAAUCUCUCAGAGGAUACACCAAAAGGAACACAGAUAUAUGUUCUUAAUGGAACCGACUCAGAAGGCCAGCCAGUAAAGUAUGGAAUGAUCUUUGAACCUGGAUCCAAAGAAUAUUUUCGUGUUCAUCCCAAAUCUGGAACAGUAACUCUAAUAGAGGAACUCGACAGAGAGGCACAAGAUGAGAUUGAAGUCUUUGUCAGUAUCUCAGAUGGCCUUAAUAAAGUAACUGAAAAGGUUUCAGUUUUUGUCAUGGACGCCAAUGAUGAGAGACCACAGUUUCAGAACAUGCCUUCCAUUUUAGAUGUGCCAGAGAACACUACAUCUGGGAGUAGCAUCUAUAAAGUGCAGGCAGUGGACAGAGACACCGGCUCAGGAGGAUCAGUCACUUACUUCCUCCAGGUAACAUCUGGCAUCAGGAGCAGUGAACCAAUCACAAAAUUUUCCAUUGACCACCAUAGUGGCGUGCUGCGGAUAAAACCAGGUGAAACCCUCGAUUAUGAGAAAUCCCGCACACACUUCAUCACUGUGGUGGCAAAGGAUGGAGGUGGCAUUUACAAGGGCAAGCAACAAGUGAUGUCAUCAUCUGCCACUUUAACAAUAAAUGUGAUUGACAUUCAAGACACCCCCCCUGUGUUUGUUGGGACUCUUUACUUUGGUUAUGUCUAUGAGGUCUCCUCACCUGGAUCUGAGAUAUUUACAGUUUUUGCCAAAGAUGGAGACAUGGAUAAUCCAAAUCCAAUCAUAUAUUCAAUAGAAUCUGGAGCAGAUGGGGUUUUUGCCAUCAAUAAAUCCAGUGGAUGUAUCACUCUGAAGGUGUACCCCACAGAAUUGAGGAGAGAAAUCUUUAAUAUUAAAGUCAAGGCUUUAGAGGUCAGUCCAGAAGGAAAACUCUUGGACUUUGCAGUCACCACAGUGACUAUUCGGGUAGUGGAUCUGAACAACCAUCCACCCACAUUCUUUGGAGAAAAUGGACCACAGAACGUGUUUGAGUUAACUAUGUAUGAACAUCCUCCAGUGGGAGAGUUCCUGAGGGGCUUGAAAAUUACAGUUAAUGACUCCGACCAGGGAUCAAAUGCAAAAUUUCACCUCAGACUGGUGGGCCCGGGUCACAUGUUGCGAGUUGUCCCUCAAACCGUCCUGAAUGAAGCCCAAGUCACCGUCCUGGUAGAGGAUUCUGCUGCAAUGGAUUUUGAGAAAUCACAGUUCUUGACAUUUAAGCUCCUCGCUGUAGAGAUUGACACCCCUGAGAGAUUCAGUGCCACGGCAGACAUAAUCAUUCAUCUUCUAGACACCAAUGAUAAUGCUCCCAAAUUCUCCUCUGAUUUUUACAUCGCCCGGAUUCCAGAAAAUUCACCCGGAGGAUCCAGUGUUGUGUCUGUGACAGCCACAGAUCCUGAUUCUGGUCUUUGGGGAGUGGUCAAAUACUCCAUCUAUGGCUCAGGAGCGGAUCUGUUUCUCAUUCAGACUGAUUCUGGAAUCAUCUACACUCAGCCCUGGGCCAGUCUGGAUGCAGAGGUCAAAUCCAAGUAUAAUUUUUAUGUAAAAGCCGAAGACACUGACGGAAAAUACAGCCUUGCAGAAUUCUUUGUCACCAUUAUGGACCUCAAUGACCAUUCACCAUCAUUUAAUGAAAACUCUUUAGAGAAGACAAUGGUGAUUGGUGCACCAGUGAAAAUAGAGGCGAUUGAUGAAGAUGCAGAAGAGCCCAAUAAUGUCAUUGAAUACUCCAUCAUGAAGUCUGACCCAGAUGACAUAUUUGACAUUGAUGCAGACACAGGAGAAAUAAAGUUGAAGCCGUACAUAAAGUCAAUGGACAUAGUCCAGAAUAUCAGCAAUCACAAAGACUGUACCUGGUCUGUGGUUGUUCAGGCCAAAGACAGAGGCUCACCAUCCUUCAGCACCACCACGGUUGUAAAGAUUGACAUCACAGAAGCGACUCAACUCAAGGGACCUUUGACGUCCUUUUUAUUGAGAAGUAGGGGAAAUCCCAUGCAAUUCCUAGGCUUGGUCAGUGGUGUAAUUAUAAUCAUGGUUUUUGUGACAGUCUUCAUCUCUACUGUUAUAUACAUGAGAAAUGUCAAGUCCAAUAAGAUCCUACCCUCCCAUCGCAUCAUACGAAGGAAGCGUAAACCCCGGAGACAAGACAACUUCCAGCAACCAUUCAGAGAGGAAUGUUGUGGAGGUAAGUUUAGAAAUGAGGAUCUGGAGAUCCCUACAGGAGACAAUAUCAACUGUAACAAUAAUGUCAAAGGAUGUUUUCAUCAAGCCCCUCCGUCGCCUCCUAACGCCCCUGUCAUGCCCCCGCCAUUGCCAAGUCACUAUAGACACGGUGACCGGGAGUGGACGGUGCCUACAGUUUCUGCCUCAGUGGCCUCCAAGACAAAGAAAAGAUCCCAUAGGGGUAAAGACAAUCCUGUCAACACAGCACUGGUUUCUGAACUCAAACUUAGACUGGAGCAGAAAAACAUGGCAAACCGAUACUGAUAGAAUGCAUGAAAUACCAGUGUUCAAUGGAGAGAAGUUGUGUCCCUCUGCCAAUUCUCUGUCAUGUUUCUUCUGACAAAUGAGAUUUCAGGCGAGAUUUAAACAAGACCAGAUCUGGUAGCUUCAAACUACAGUAUCUUGUCUUAUGCAUGAAGAGUUUAGCUGGGAUUGCAGGUUGAACCUAGUGGACUUGAGGGAAAGUGUCACUAGCCAAGACUAAAACCCUGCUAAUACUAUGACACUGUGUUCUGCCCUCUUCUGGAUGUAAAAUAAUUGUUAAACAUUUACUCUGGUUCUGAUUUUUUUUUUUACUGUGGAUAACUGGCAAGGAGUUUGAGUUUUCAUUCUUCAAAAUCGUGUAGUAUGCGCUAAAUGUUUUUAUUUAAAAAAAAGGGAAUAGUUUAUUUUUUCUUUCAAAAAUACAUGUCACUGAGGCCAGUAAAUAUAUGCAUUCUAGGUCUCAUAUAAUAUCUUUUGGACCUUGAACGAACAAUAACAAUGCCAAAUUCUAUUGAUUUCUAUUGAUUUCCUGGUUUAUUUAGUAAAUGAUUUUGACUGAUGGACCCCUGAAAAUCACAAAUGGUUGCAAUAUUAUAUAAUGAUUUGAGUAAAUAGUCAUCUUCCUGUCCUUCAGUAUGGAAAAGCAGUGUUAUGUUAUCAGUUUGUGCAAUGUUUCAUCAAUUUAAUGUACCUUGUCAGUGUUCAUGCAGUUCAGUAUUAAAUGUCAAAUAAUUGUUGGAGUGAUCUCUGUUUAUAUUCAUCCUUUUGUAAAUAAACUGAUAUUUAAUUCAAA